GCAAGGACAAAGGGGUAGAACCACGCUCUUGGGAGAGGACUCCUCAGAUGCCACCCACACGCGGCUGUGGAGAGGGGCACCUGCCAUGGGACCACUGACACCCUGUACCCCGGCCUAGAAGCCCCAUGAGCUUCGACCAGCCACAAGGACCCUCUCUCAGCCUGUCUCCAUGCUCAGGGGCACCACAGGGGCUCAGCUUGGUGCCCAGGAGCCCAAUGGGGCCACCUCAGCCCCCGCAGGUAAUGGACGGGAGCGUGAGCAUCAUUCCUGGCCUGCAGUCGUCACCACCGGCCCCGGACAAGCUGCACACCCCUCUGGGCCUGUCCCCUCAGCUGCAGACCGCAGGCGCUGAGCCACCUCGUCCAGCCUGGCCUGGCCCGCCUGGCACGGCAGCCCCUGCCUGGUGCACUGAGGGCCCUGCAGGCACAAAGUCUGCACUGACUUCAGACUUGGCAGAACGUGAGGCAUUAAGUGAUGGGUGCAGGGUGCCUGACGCUACCCUUGAAAGCCUCUUCCGGCUCCAACAGCAUAAGAAGUGCCCGAUUGCUCUCAGCACUAAGGAGGCACCCCAGGCCGGCCACCGGUGGAGACCUCGACCUGCACUGUGCGCCUUCUGGAGCGAGCGGUCCCAGCGAGCAGCCAGCAUGCCGGAGGCCCCGCUGCCGGCUGCGGAGGCCCUGCCCGCCACCCUCUGGCCGGGCCCUCAGACACUCUGCUGGCGUGACCAGCUGGCCAUGGCUGCCGGCUCUCCUCCCACAACGGAACGGGAAGGACCCCAGCACUGCCUGGGCGCUUAGCAGCCCCGUCCUCAGUGUUGGGAGCCCACGUGUGGGACAGGAAGGGCACACGCGUUCUCCAUGCCCGGUCAGGCUCACACCCAACGCACACCACCAAGGUGCAGACGACUGCUGGCUUUCUAAGUGGAGGUGCAGAGGGGAGGACGCACUGCUUCUGCCCAAAACAGGUGCCCUCAGGGCCGGCCACACACAGCCUGGGCCCUCGCUCAGAAGCCCUGGGGACCACUGCUGGGACUGGCCUCUCAUCAGAAUCGCCGCAAGCUUUGAGAGCCCUGACACGGUCAGGCUCCAUGCCACCCUCCUCGUGGUCCCAUGCCCAGAGAGGGUGACACAGGCUCAGCUGAGACCCCUGGGGCCUAGGAACAGGGUGGCCAGACAAGGCC